AUGGAACCGGGAAUGUCCCCAGCGGCCUCCGAGCCACUCAGGAUCCUUUCGCUUGGUUCGUAUAUCCAUUCCUCGGAUGGUGGUGGGAUCCGUGGAAUUUCAAGUCUCCUCAUCUUAGAACGGAUCAUGGAAACCAUCCGCGAUAUUCAUCAGCUCGAUCAUGUCCCUCUCCCGUGUGAGCAUUUCGACUUAAUUGGGGGUACAAGCACCGGAGGCAUCAUUGCCAUCAUGUUAGGUCGACUGAGAAUGAGCGUGGACGAAUGCAUUCGGGCGUAUAAAAAGGUUGCGCGACAGGCCUUCACACCCAAACGAAAUGCCAUUUUGCCUGCACGGUCAAAGGGGGCAUUCUCUGCCCAAGCCCUGGAGGAGGCCAUCAAACAGACCGUAAGAGAUUUCUGCACGGAUAAAGAAUGUGUAGCUCGACGGAGCGAGGGACUUCCAAAAGGCUCGUGCCAGCACUCCAAUCUGCCAUUCCGCGACCAAGCCUGUACAAAAACUGUUGUUUUUGCCAUCACAAAAUCUAACGUCGACACUGGACCUACACUCUUCAAGACAUACGACACAUCGAUAGCUUUCAACGGCUGCGCUAUUUGGGAGGUGGCUCGGGCUACAUCGGCUGCGACAACCUUUUUCAAGCCGAUAAAAGUUGGCCGGGAUGAGAUCGAGUUCAUUGACGCUGGAUUCGGGUACAACAAUCCAUGUGAUAAGCUCAUAGCGGAGGCUAAACAGGCAUUUCCUGGACGCCAAAGGCUUCGGAUUCUAAGCAUCGGGACUGGCCUUGGGGAUGUGGUUGAAAUUAAAGACACGCGGAUGUCAAUCCUCAAUGCAUUGAAACAAAUGGCUACGUCAUCUCGCAAGGUAGCCGCCAGCUUGGACGAACAGUUCGGCGACGAUGACCAGUAUUUUCGAUUCAAUGUGGAGCGCGGUCUUGAGGAUAUCACUUUAUCAGAUUGGGAGAAGGCCAGCAAGAUCUCUGCCCACACAAGCAAUUAUCUUUCUGAGAAGUCGAGGCUGAUUGAGAAAUUUGUCAAGAGUUUUACGGCGACAGCAGGUGAGGAUAACCGGCCCAAGGUCUACUACAUGAUUCCCUUUCUUGCAAAUGCUGAAUUCACUGGACGGAACACCAUACUGCUUGAGCUCCAACAAAAGUUAUUUCUCCAGAAGAGUACCUCUAAAGUGGCACUUUACGGGCUAGGAGGCAUUGGCAAGUCGCAGGUUGCCUUGCAAUAUGCCUAUUGGGUAAAGAACCACUUCCAAGGGCAUUCGGUCUUUUGGGUCCCUGCAUUCAGCGAAGCUAGCUUCCAACAGGCCUGUACAGGCAUUGUGAAGGAACUUGCCAUUCUCAAGACCUCAAACAGCGAAACCGAUAUGGAGGCAGUUCACCGAUACCUUAGUUCCAAGCAAGCUGGACCCUGGAUCUUCAUUGUGGACAAUGCAGAUGAUAUAGACCUUGUUUUUGGAAAUCCCGAUACGCCAGGAAAACUGUGCAAGUAUUUUCCGGCCAACGAGUCCGGUGUGCUCUUACUCACCACCCGUUUCCGGCGGGUGGCGCAGUCCUUCACGAGAGCUAGAGAUGUCAUUGAAGUCCCACAGAUGCAGAUGGAGGAAGCGACUGCAUUCUUCGAGAAGAUUGUCACAGAUGACCUGCUCGAAGACCGAGAAAUGACAAAGAGUCUCCUCGAAGAACUGAACUUUUUGCCUUUGGCCAUUCAACAGGCUGCCUCGUACAUUUCUAGCGCGGAUAUAUCGAUUUCGCGUUACCUUGAGCUUAUGCAGGGCACUGACAAAGACAAAUCAAGUCUUGCGAGCUGGCACUUCCAUGAUGACACCCGUUACCCCCAACUGCAGAAUGCCAUUGCAAUCACAUGGCGUAUAACAUUUGAAAAGAUCAAGAGUUUGGACCCGAUAGCUGCUGAAAUACUACAAUUCAUGUCUUGCAUUGAGCCUAAGGCAAUCCCACGGUCUUUGCUGCCGUUGGGGGAAUCGGAAGCGCAAGUAGAAUCUGCAAUUGGCACACUGUGUGGAUACUCAUUCGUGACCAAACAAAAGGACAAACAUAUCCUUGAUAUCCACGUUCUUGUGCAGCUAGCGACGAGAUUAUGGGUUCAGAAGGAAGGCAAUGAAUUGCAGACUAUUGAGAGGGCAACUCGGACUGUGGAUAGGAUUUUCCCGUUCAGUCACGAUGGAGACCGAGAAAUAUGGAGACCAUACUUACCACAUGCUCUGGAGAUUCUUCGAAAGAAGGACGCGCGAGACAUGGAUGAGAGGUAUAACCUCUUUUGGAAAAUUGGUCUAUGCUUUCUGACCGAUGGUCGGCCCAAGAAGGGUGUUGAAUUCUUGGAAAAGGCAGCCAGCUGGGGAGAACUUCAUCAUUCCGGAAAUGAUCGAUGGCAAGAAGUUUGGAAUGAUCUCGCAGGGGCAUAUCAAGAUGAAGGCCAGACCAAAAAGGGAGUGGAGCUACUCGAGCGUGUAGUCAUGGUGCAAGCGAGCAAAUUCGACGAAGGAGAUCGUCGUCGAGUAAUGUCUGAACACGAGCUUGCAGAUGCGUACAGGGCAAACGGGCAGACAAAGGAGGAAAUACAGCAACUCGAAAAGAUUGUAGCAAGAAACGAAGACACACUCAAUGAAGGCCACACAAAUCGACUGUGGUCUCUGAGUAUACUUGCGUCAGCAUAUGAAAGAGAUGGCCAGAAGAUGCGGGCAAUGAGGCUCCUUGAGUAUGUGGUUCAAGUGAGCGAGAGCACACUUGAUGAAAAGAACUUUACGCGACUAAAAUUCGAGAAUGAUCUCGCGACUUCGUAUGGAUCAAACGGACAAAUGGAACAGGCGGUGAAGUUACUCGAGCAUGUGGUUGAAGUGAGCGCGAGCACGCGUAACGAAGAAAACAGCGCACGGCUGGCGCUUGAAGAAAGCCUCGCAGAAUUGUAUUACGCGGACAGACAGAUUAAGCGGGCCUUGAAUAUAAUGGAGGGCAUCGUCGCUACAAGAGCAAGAACACAGGGCGAAAGGCACCAAUCCCGACUACAAUCUCAACAUCUCCUGGCGACGCUGUAUGGAGCGGAUGGUCAGACCACGCGGGCAGUGAAGUUGCUCCAGCAGAUACUUGCAAUACAAGAGGAGGAAGAAGGACAGCCCAAUAAACUACAGGUGGCCCAGCUUGCACUCGCGGAGGCAUAUGAAGCAGAUGGACAGAUUAAGCGGGGAGUAAAGCUGCUUGAGCAUGCGCUUGAAAGACAAGCGAGUAUUUCCGACGAAAAGCAUCCCGCUCGACUACAAAUGCAACGUUCACUUGCACGGAUGAAGAUGGCGUGCGAGGAGAUCUAG